AUGACCGAGGAUGCCGGGGUCAUCGACUAUUACUGGGGACCGGGAUUUUCCGUCAUCGCGCUGGUGCAUGCCGCCAUGCACGGCGUCUCGACGUCCUAUCAGUGGAUCAUUCUGGCUGCGGUCGUCAUCUGGUCGGCGCGGCUGGCCGGUCACCUCGUCCACCGCCACCACGGCGCGGUACGCGAGGACGGCCGGUAUCGCGCGAUGCGCGAAAGCGGCGGGCCGAGCUGGUGGUGGGCCAGCCUGUUCAAGGUGUUCCUGCUGCAGGCGGUGCUGUUGUGGCUGAUUGCCGCGCCGCUGCACGUGGCGUUUCGCGCCGGUGGCGCCGAAACAGUGUCCGCGGGGCUGUUCUGGGCCGGCAUGGCGGUGUUCGCGCUGGGGUUCGCCAUCGAAUGGAUCGCCGAUAUCCAACUGGCGAACGGCAAGAGGGCGCUUGGCUCGACGGCACCGGAAACCGGCAUCGUGCGGAAUGGACUCUGGGGUAUCAGCCGCCACCCCAACUAUGUCGGCGAGAUCAUCCUGUGGUGGGGUCUCGGCAUCGCCGCGUUCGCCGUGUCGGGCAGUCUCAUUGCCCUUACCGGCCCGGCGAUCCUGACGGCGGUGAUGGCCGGCGUGUCCAUGCCCCUGACCGAGCAGCACAUGCUGCGCAGCCGACCGGGCUAUGCGGCCUACAUGGAACGGGUGCCGGCACUGAUCGGCCGGCCGCGGCGCGCGCGCGGAAGGCAGAAACUGCCUGCCGAGUGA